AUGUCUGCUCUGACCAGUGUAUCUCAGGGAGUGUUAUUGAAUCACACCUUAGUCACUGAAUUUCUCCUCUUGGGAGUGACAGACAUAGAAGAAUUGAACCCUUUUCUCUUUGUCACAUUCCUUACCAUGUACUUUGUCAAUGUGGCUGGGAAAGGAACCAUACUGACGAUCGUCAUCUUGGAUCCAAGACUCCACUCACCUAUGUAUUUCUUCCUGGGGAACCUAGCAUGUCUAGACAUCUGCUACUCCACCGUGACAGUGCCGAAGAUGCUGGAGAACUUCCUCUCCACAAGCAAAGCAAUUUCCUUCCUGGGGUGCAUAACCCAGCUGCAUUUCUUCCACUUCCUGGGUAGCACAGAGGCCCUGCUGCUGGCAGUGAUGGCAUUUGAACGCUUAAUGGCGAUCUGCAAACCACUCCAUUACCCCUUCCUCAUGAAUCGUCAAGUCUGUAUCCAGAUGGCUUUCACCAUUUGGGCUAUUCCUUUUCUCCACGCUCUUCUGCACUCCAUAAUGACAUCUCGUUUGAACUUUUGUGGUUCCAACCAUAUUCAUCAUUUCUUCUGUGAUGUCAAGCCAUUACUGGAGUUGGCCUGUGGAAAUACUGAACUCAACAGGUGGCUGCUUAAUACUCUCACUGGGACCAUUGCCAUUGGUCUCUUCUUUCUGACGUUUCUCUCCUAUUUCUACAUUAUCACCCACCUGUUUCUCAAGACCCGUUCUUGCAGCAUGCUCCACAAGGCACUGUCCACCUGUGCCUCUCACUUCAUGGUUGUUGUUAUUUUCUAUGCUCCUGUUCUCUACAUCUAUAUCAGUCCUACUUCAGGGAGCUCCCUGGAAGAGGACAGGAUUAUUGCUGUCAUGUACACUGUGGUCACCCCUGCACUCAAUCCACUCAUAUAUACUCUAAGGAACAAGGAAGUGAGGGGUGCUUUUAAUAGGAAAAUCAGAAUACAGCUUUGA